UCUACCGCAGCUGGUAGAUAUACAACUGUGAGACAUCUAAGCAAAUGUGCAAUCAGUGUAUGGGCGUAAGACAAGCCUGAAGUCAGACUAUGCCUAGGUGCUUUUCACAUGAGAAAAGAAAAGGUUGAUUGAAUGGGACAAAUUACUUCUAAAGGAUGGUUGAACCUGCGCAGGUGGUGGUCGCACUCAGCACGCGAAGAUAUUCUCCCUUGUGUACUUUCGCGUCCUCUGUGCUGUUCGUUUAUUUCUGUGGAAUAGGAUUUUACCUCUGGACAUCCAAUUUCGCCUGCAGGUUACGAAAUCUGGGAGAAGAACAACCCAUUUUUAUUAGUGGUAUGACUUGGGAUAUCGAACAGAGAGGUCGGUAUCUGGCGGUGAAGAACUAUAUCAGGGCAGCGCUGUAUGUAGACAAGGCAAAGACAAUGACAUUCUGUGCAGCUGCCACCACUACAGAACUAUAUCAUGUGACAGAAAUUUGUAGUCGCUGGCAAGGUCCUAUGUCUGUGUCUGUCUACGCUCCAGGAUCUGAUUUCAAGACAGCAUUGAGGAAAAUAAUCCACCUUAGACUUUCUGAUUCCUGUGUACACCAAAAUGUUACAUGGCAUGUGUAUUUCGAUUCUGAAUUUAGUCCUCCGCAAAAGAAUUUGCGAUCACCAGAAGAAGAAGCCGAAUUGACUAAAGCAUCUCCCACGUAUGAAAUGUGGCCGAAAGGGACCUUUAAAUCUCAUGGAACUCUUCCUUUUCCAGCCAACAUUGGCAGAAACAUCGCUCUUCAAGAAAGCCGUACAGAUUAUGUCUUAGUAUCAGAUCUUCACUAUUAUCCCAGUGCUCAGAUUAUUCCUCGGUUUCUAAAACUACUUAAGUUUCAAGGCAAGACUGGGAAAAAAGUAUACGUCUUACCUGUAUUCAGAAUGUUGGGAUAUGGAAAACCACCUACCACAAAGACUGAAUUGGUAGAAAUGAUAUCCAAAAGCGACAUAAAAUUAUCAAGCGGUACUUCAGACUGUUCAGAAUGCAAUAUCUUCCCCAAUGCAAGAAAGUGGCUGGAGGUUCGUCUUCCUGAUGACAGUCUCUCUGUUUAUUACGUUAGUCACGAAAAGGAGGAAUUUAAAUCCUGGCAGCCGUUCUACAUAUCCCAAAGGAACAUCCCAGUAUUCGAUGAGGAUCAAACCAAAGAAGGAAAAUAUGACAGAAAGCUGCAAGUAGGUUAA